GUAUGUUUCUGUGCUGUGCUGCGUUAAAACUAUCGCGGCACAUACCUUUACGCCUCAGAGAACAUGUGAUAGCCUACGGAUCUUUAGUCGCCCAGCGGAGUGCCGCACACCCCGUAAAUGUUCAAGCCGUAGCAAGCCGUGUCUUCAUUAUCAUAUCACAUCACAUCAUAACUUCGUAAGGCCAUCC